CAAAAGAUUACUUUUCCAGGGCUCUACUCCAUAACAGAGAGGAGCAACACCUGAGUCAAGACUGCACACUUUACUUUGACCUUGAAUGACGGACAUUGUGUGUGUGGAGGGAUACUGAUAUAGGACACAAAGAUGGGGAAGAGGAAGUUCUCCCAGUUGGAGAUGAUGCUCAUCGUCUUGUUCCUCAUGGUUUCCGUGGUCGCCGUGGUGCUGGUGGUGCUGUUUGUCACGGGCGAGCCUGCGUUCUUAGAGGAGGAGACGCCAGGCCCGACGCCAGGCCCGACGCCAGGCCCGGUCCCCCAGUGCCCGAACGUGCCGCUGGCGGAGCGGGUGGACUGUUUCCCUGACUCGGGCGCCUCUCAGAGGAAGUGUCUGGAGCGUGAAUGCUGUUGGGGUCCUGUCGACGAGACCAACGUACCCUGGUGCUACUUCUCGGAGAACCACGGAUACAAUGUGACCAGUGACAGCCAGCCAAGCAGCACAAAGAUGGACGCCGUCCUGAAGAGAAAAUCAGCUCCCUCCCUCUUUGGCGCCGACAUCCAGGAACUGUCCUUCCAUGCUGACAUGCAGACUGAGAACCGAUUGCGUUUUAAGAUCACAGAUGCCCACAAUGUCCGGUUCGAAGUGCCCCAUGAGCACGUGAAGCCUCCUGCCAAUCCCCCGACUGGCCCCCUUCAGUAUGAGGUGGAGCUCGUCAAGCAGCCUUUUGGCAUCAGAGUUCGCAGGGCAUCCACUAAAAAAGUCUUGUUUGACACCACUAUGGGGCCGCUGGUGUUUGCUGAUCAGUACCUCCAGAUCUCUGCGCGGCUCCCCUCUCACAACAUCUACGGCCUGGGGGAGCACGUGCACCAGCAGUACCGCCACGACACCAACUGGAGGACCUGGCCCAUCUUCACUAGAGACGCCUUCCCCAACGGAGGAACGCACAACCUCUACGGGCACUACCCCUUCUUCCUCUGCCUGGAGGACGACAGCGGCAAGUCCUUUGGAGUCUUCCUGAUGAACAGCAACGCAAUGGAGGUGACCAUCCAGCCUGCCCCAGCGGUCACCUACCGCACCAUCGGAGGGGUGCUGGACUUCUACAUCCUCCUAGGGGACACCCCUGAGGCCGUAGUGCAGGAGUUCACAGAGUUGGUUGGCAGGCCGACUAUCCCCCCCUACUGGGCGUUCGGCUUCCAACUCUCCCGCUGGGACUACGGAAGUCUGGACGAGGUGAAGAGGACAGUGGAGAGGAAUCGUGACAUUGAUCUGCCCUAUGAUACCCAGUACACUGACAUUGACUACAUGGAGGACAAAAAGGACUUCACGUACGACCUUGUGAAGUUCCGGGACCUUCCCCAGUUCGCCGACUACAUGCACGAGAAGGGCCAGAAGUACAUUCUGAUUCUGGACCCUGCCAUUGCCAUCAGUCCCAGGCAAAAUGGGCCCUACCAUUCCUAUGACAGGGGGACUGCGACCAGAUCCUGGGUCACAGAGGCUGACGGCACAACAGACCUUGUUGGAGAGGUUUGGCCAGGGUUGACCGUCUUCCCUGACUACACAAACCCGUCUUGCAUCCAAUGGUGGAUUGAUGAGAUCGAGAGGUUCUACAAGGAAGUGAAGCAUGAUGCCAUCUGGAUUGAUAUGAAUGAAGUAGCCAGCUUUAUCAAGGGGUCGUCCAAUGGAUGUCCUGACAACACCUUGAACUACCCACCCUAUACUCCAAACAUCUUGGAUAAGCAAAUGUACAGCAAGACCUUGUGUAUGGACGCCAAGCAGACCUGGGGAAACCAUUACGACGUGCACAGCCUGUACGGCUACUCCAUGGUGCUGGCCACUGAUGAGGCCGUGAGGAAGGUGUUUGGCAGCCAGCGCUCCUUCAUCCUCACACGCUCCUCCUUCCCCGGAGUGGGCAAGUUCUCGGGCCACUGGCUGGGCGACAACGCCGCUAACUGGAACGACAUCAAGUGGGCCAUACCGGGAAUGCUGGAGUUCAACCUCUUUGGAGUCCCUUACAUCGGAGCGGACAUCUGCGGCUUCUUCGACGACUCGCCCGAGGAGCUGUGUCGCCGCUGGAUGCAGGUCGGAGCGUUCUACCCCUUCAGCAGGAACCAUAACGCACAGGGCUACCGGCCCCAGGACCCUGCGUAUUACGGAGCCAACUCCCUGCUGGUGCAGACCUCCAAGCACUACCUGAACAUCCGCUACACGCUGCUGCCCUACCUCUACACCCUGUUCUACAGGGCCCACGUCCACGGGGACACGGUGGUGCGGCCCAUGAUGCACGAGUUCUAUGCUGAUAGCAUUACUUGGAAUGUGGACCGCCAGUUCCUGUGGGGGGCCCACCUGCUCAUCACACCUGUGCUGGAUCCUGGCGUGGAGCAUGUGAGGGCCUACAUCCCUGAUGCUGUGUGGUACAACUAUGAGACGGAGGAGAGGCUCACCGACCGCCGCACGCACGUUAACAUGCACCUGCCCGCCGACAAGCUCGGCCUGCACAUCCGCGGCGGCGCCGUUCUCCCGACGCAGAGGCCGAACGUCACCACCACCUACAGUCGGCUUUCUCCCAUGGGCCUGAUCAUCGCACUCGAUGACAACAACAGAGCAUCAGGCGAGCUAUUCUGGGACGAUGGAGAUUCUCGAGAUACUGUUUCUUCUGGGGCCUAUGUGCACUGCCAGUUUGCAGUGGACCAGGGUGUUUUGACCAUAAGAGUCCUGCACAAUGGCUACACAGACCCAAAUGACCUGAAGUUUGAGGACAUCACCGUUUUGGGUGUGAGCGGCCCACCUACGUCUGUGACCGUCACCCAAAACAGCACCUCCACCACACUGCCCGCCACCAGUGUUCAACAUGAUGCCAUGAAACAGGUGCUGCGCCUCAAGGGGCUGGGGAUGCAGAUGGGGAUGGAUUACACUGUCAUGUGGAAUGAGGUGAACGCCGACUUUGAGCGCUUCGACUGCCACCCUGAGGAAGGCAGCGACGAAGCAAAGUGCAAAGCCAGAGGAUGCAUCUGGCAGGUUUCACAUAUUGCCAGCGUCCCCUGGUGUUACUUCCCCCAAGACUACGGCUACAUCUCCGGCGCUGUCGUUGAGAGCCCAAGCGGGUGGGCGUUUGACAUCGAGAGGAACCCCAAGUACCCGAGCCCCCGGUCAGUCUCGCGCGAGAUCAACAAGCUCCGCGUGGAGAUCUCAUACCUCUCUGGGCACUCCCUGCGCUUCAAGACGGACCCAGCCAAGAGGCUGUACGAGGUGCAGGUCCAGCAACAGCCCUUCGGCAUCAAGGUGGUCAGGAAGAGCACCGGGACCAUCAUAUGGGACUCGGCCUUGCCCGGCUUCACCUUCAGCGACCUCUUCAUCCAGGUGUCCACCCGUCUCGCCUCCGAGUACAUCUACGGUUUCGGCGAGUCGGAGCACCCGACCUACCGGCACGACUUGAACUGGCACACCUGGGGCAUGUUCGCCAAGGACCAGCCCCCCGGGAUCGGAGCGGACAUCUGCGGCUUCUUCGACGACUCGCCCGAGGAGCUGUGUCGCCGCUGGAUGCAGGUCGGAGCGUUCUACCCCUUCAGCAGGAACCAUAACGCACAGGGCUACCGGGUAGGCUGCCCCCCAGGAUCCUGCGUAUUACGGAGCCAACUCCUGCUGGUGCAGACCUCCAAGCACUACCUGAACAUCCGCUACACGCUGCUGCCCUACCUCUACACCCUGUUCUACAGGGCCCACGUCCACGGGGACACGGUGGUGCGGCCCAUGAUGCACGAUGCUCCUGCUGAUGAGUCCAUGUGCUUUGUUUGGCAGGGCGUGGAGCAUGUGAGGGCCUACAUCCCUGAUGCGGUGUGGUACAACUAUGAGACGGAGGAGAGGCUCACCGACCGCCGCACGCACGUUAACAUGCACCUGCCCGCCGACAAGCUCGGCCUGCACAUCCGCGGCGGCGCCGUUCUCCCGACGCAGAGGCCGAACGUCACCACCACCUACAGUCGGCUUUCUCCCAUGGGCCUGAUCAUCGCACUCGAUGACAACAACAGAGCAUCAGGCGAGCUAUUCUGGGACGAUGGAGAUUCUCGAGAUACUGUUUCUUCUGGGGCCUAUGUGCACUGCCAGUUUGCAGUGGACCAGGGUGUUCUGACCAUAAGAGUCCUGCACAAUGGCUACACAGACCCAAAUGACCUGAAGUUUGAGGACAUCACCGUUUUGGGUGUGAGUGGCCCACCUACGUCUGUGACCGUCACCCAAAACAGCACCUCCACCACUCUGCCCGCCACCAGUGUUCAACAUGACGCCAUGAAACAGGUGCUGCGCCUCAAGGGGCUGGGGAUGCAGAUGGGGAUGGAUUACACUGUCAUGUGGAAUGAGGUGAACGCCGACUUUGAGCGCUUCGACUGCCACCCUGAGGAAGGCAGCGACGAAGCAAAGUGCAAAGCCAGAGGAUGCAUCUGGCAGGUUUCACAUAUUGCCAGCGUCCCCUGGUGUUACUUCCCCGAAGACUACGGCUACGUCUCCGGCGCUGCCGUUGAGAGCCCAAGCGGGUGGGCGUUUGACAUCGAGAGGAACACCAAGUACCCGAGCCCCCGCUCAGUCUCGCGCGAGAUCAACAAGCUCCGCGUGGAGAUCUCAUACCUCUCUGGGCACUCCCUGCGCUUCAAGAUAUAUGAUCCGGCUACGAAGCGUUACGAGGUGCCUGUCCCACUGGAGCUGCCCUCCACCCCUGAGACGGACCCAGCCAAGAGGCUGUACGAGGUGCAGGUCCAGCAACAGCCCUUCGGCAUCAAGGUGGUCAGGAAGAGCACCGGGACCAUCAUAUGGGACUCGGCCUUGCCCGGCUUCACCUUCAGCGACCUCUUCAUCCAGGUGUCCACCCGUCUCGCCUCCGAGUACAUCUACGGUUUCGGCGAGUCGGAGCACCCGACUUACCGGCACGACCUGAACUGGCACACCUGGGGCAUGUUCGCCAAGGACCAGCCCCCCGGGUAUAAGAUGAACUGCUACGGUGUUCACCCGUUCUACAUGGGCCUGGAGAGAACCGCACACGCUCACGGAGUCCUGCUGCUCAACAGCAAUGCCAUGGACGUGACCUUCCAGCCCACUCCAGCGCUCACCUACCGCACCCUCGGGGGCAUCCUGGACUUCUACGUGGUGAUGGGACCCACACCGGAGCUGGUGGUGCAGGAGUACACACAGAUGAUUGGUCGCCCUGUCCUUCCGGCCUAUUGGUCCCUUGGAUUCCAGCUGUGUCGCUAUGGAUAUGCCAAUGACACAGAGAUUGCAGAUUUAUACAGAGACAUGAAAGCAGCUGGAAUUCCUUAUGACGUCCAGUACGCCGACAUCGACUACAUGGAGAGGCAGCUGGACUUCGUCCUGGAUAAGGAGUUCCAGGGCCUGCCGGCGCUGGUGGACCAGAUGAGAGGAGAGGGCAUGCGCUUCAUCUUCAUCCUGGAUCCCGCCAUCUCCGGCAAUGAGACGCGCGGGGCGUAUCCUGCCUUCGACAGGGGCCUGGAACAGGACGUGUUCAUCAAGUGGCCCGCAGAACUCAGCAGUGACAUCGUCUGGGGAAAGGUGUGGCCCGACUUCCCCAACGUCACCGUGGACGAGAGCUUGGACUGGGACUCGCAGGUGGAGCUCUACAGGUCGUACGCCGCCUUCCCCGACUUCUUCCGCAACGUCACGGCGGAGUGGUGGCAACGGGAGAUCCUCGACUUCUACACCAACACAAUGAAGUUUGAUGGCCUGUGGAUUGACAUGAACGAGCCGGCCAGUUUCGUCCACGGCACCGUUGGGGAGAACUGUCUGGGUCCACGGGUCUACGACUUCCCUCCAUACAUGCCACCUCUGGAGUCCAAGCACCUGGGCUUGGUACACAAGACUCUCUGCAUGAACAGCCAGCAGUUCCUGAGUGAUGGGACCCCAGUCAAGCACUACGACGUCCACAAUCUUUACGGCUGGUCUCACUCCAAGCCCACAUAUGAUGCCCUGCUGAACGUGACGGGGAAGAGGGGCAUCGUGGUGACCCGGUCCACUUACCCGUCCAGUGGCCGCUGGACAGGACACUGGCUCGGGGACAAUAAUGCCGGCUGGGACCAGCUGUACAAAUCCAUCAUAGGAAUGAUGGAGUUCAGCUUGUUUGGCAUCCCUUAUACCGGCGCGGACAUCUGCGGGUUCUUCAACCACCCCACCUACGAGAUGUGCCUCCGCUGGAUGCAGCUGGGAGCGUUCUACCCCUAUUCUAGGAACCACAACGGCAAAGGGUUCCCGAGACAAGACCCGGUGGCCUGGGAUCCAGAGUUUGCGGCGGCGUCGCGGGACGUGCUGGAGAUCCGCUACACACUGCUGCCCUAUCUCUACACGCUGAUGUUCGAGGCCCACGCCUAUGGCAGCACGGUGGUGCGACCCCUCCUGCACGAGUUUGUCGACGAUAGGGAGACGUGGGAUAUCCACAAGCAGUUCCUCUGGGGGCCAGCACUGCUCAUCACGCCCGCACUUGAUGAAGGUGUCACGGAAGUCAGCGGUUACCUGCCAGAUGCCAGAUGGUACGAUUAUCACACGGCCGCGCCGGUGGCGAGCCGAGGAGCGACCGCGAAGAUGCCCGCGCCGCUGGACCACAUCAACCUGCACGUGAGGGGCGGCUACGUCCUGCCGUGGCAGCAACCCGCGGCCAACACAGUCAGCAGUCGCAAGAACCCCAUGGGACUCAUCGUUGCCCUUGGUGAUGACGGAUCGGCGCUAGGCUCUCUGUUCUGGGAUGACGGCGAGGGCAUCGAUACUUAUGAAAAGAAGCAGCACCUCUGGAUGUCCUUCACAGCAAGCAAGAACACAUUACGCAAUGAAGUCAGCCAUAAUGGUCUGGCCGCUGCAGACCAGCUGGUCCUGGGAGAUGUGAAGGUGUGGGGCGCCGGGCGACUGGCCAUCACCGAGGUCAUCCUCCGCAAACCAGGCUCCGCUGAUGUCACCCUGACCUUCACACAUAACCAGCAAACAGAGGAGCUUAUUGUGAAGACAUCGGUGCAAACUCAUCCACUGCACCAGCCCUUCACUAUUCUUUGGAGCACUGGUGUUUAGCAAGCUCGGCCCCAACACUCCUCACACUGAAGUCGGAAGACGGAAAGAAAAGCUCUGAAAC